CGAAACCGCCUUUCUCUUGGCCCGCGCCUUUUUCAGCGCGUCACGGUGCAAAAAUGAAGCGUCGCUUUAUGUUGGCCAAACAAAACCUACACACAAAGCCGACGUCGACACCAAAUUCAAACGUUGUAACCGUCUCGGAGACAAGCAACUAACAGACGCGCGUCUACGUUAAGACUAAGUUGUCUAACAAGUGGAAUAAAUAGGGGAGACUCCCAACAUUCCAGGGACGAACACAAAACUCCGCGUUCGCCGCGGGUGGGGCCAAGGCGAAGUGACGCAAGAAGCUAGCUUGGCGAAGCUAAUGUUCGUUAGCUGUGCUGGAAGAAGCCGAGGAAGGAGUUGCGUUCUUUGUCCCCGCACUUCUCAUGGCUGUACGCUGGCUAUGCAGGCGGGGCCACAGCUGCGCGGUGCUGAUGCUGUUGCUGAGCACAUCUGCUGCGUCGCUCCCUUCGAACGAUCCCCCCCAGAUCCAUAUUUGCAUCUUUUCGCUCUCCUUUUCCCUCAUUCAACAUCAGCGGAUGGGAAGCCACUCGAGUUAAAACAUGUGCGCCAACGUGUUCGGAGUGUUGAAGAGUCUCUUCGGGAAGCCCUUUGAUGGUGGCAAGAGGAUGGAGCACGGAGGGCCGCCGCACCAGCAGCAGCAGCAGCAGCCAAUGGCAACAGAGCAGGCGCCCCAGCACCCGGCCAUGAUGCGGCUCUACGAAGUCCACCGCGAGGUGACGGCGCUGGGCCCUCAGGUGUGCACCUUCAGCGGCCUGCCCGACGACCGGGACUACAAGCGUCUGGAGCGCGAGCUGACGCGCCUCCUGCUGGAUGUGGACCGAGUCGACACGGAGGGCAAGGCCGAGCUGCAGGGGGCGCGCAAGCGGGCGGCGCAGGAGGUGGAGGGCCUGCUGCGCUACCUGGAGGAGAACGCCCGUCACCCGUCCCGCCUGGCCAUGGAGGAGCUGAGCGAGGAGGCGCGGCGGCUGGUGGAUCGCCGCGUGGUGGCGCCGCAACGCGAGGGCGGCGCCGCCGACAUCGACGACGAGCUGGUGGAGGCCCUGCAGCAGCUGGUGCUGCGCCUCACCCAGGUGAAGACGGAGGGCCGGGUGCCGCUCCGGAAGGCGCGCUACCGGGCGCUGACCAGGCUCUGCGCCGUCCAGGACGUCCUGGAGGGCCGCACGCCGCAGCAGACGCUCUCGCUGCCGCUUUCGGGAGAAACGCACGCCGCUGUGCACUGCAUCAACCAGGUGAUGGCCAAGGUGAGCGUGGCGCGCAGCCAGCUGGUGGCGCUGCUGAUGGGCUUGAGCGGGCGUGACAGUUGCGCUCACCUGUCGCGGCUGCUGAUGGAGAUGCAGGUGGAGCUGGACGCCCUGGACGUGUCGGGGAACGCCGCCGUCAGGAACUACCGCAAGCAGGUGGUGGAGGAGAUCAACGGCCUCCUCAAACAUUUGGACCUGGAGGGAGAGGGGGAGGACACGCGCAGGUACGACCUGGCCCAGAACGACUCCAUCCGCGAGAUCGAGGCGGUGCGCGCCCACGUGCGGCACCUGCGCGAGGCGGUGCUGCGCCACUGCGCGCCGGGCGAGCCGGGCUUCCGGCCCAAAGCCGAACUGCAGGGCCUGCUGACCCACCUGGACCAGGUGGACACGGCCAAGAACCCCUGCAUCCGCGAGGCGCGGCGCCGCGCCGUGGUGGAGGUGCAGGCCGUGGUCACCUUCCUGGACCUGCGCGAGGCGCUGGCGUGCCGCCGCCCCGGCCCCCAGGAGCACCCGGCCCACCGCCAGGUGUGGGCGGUGCUGGCCAGCCUGUCGGAGCUGCAGGCCCGGGCGCUGGGCUUCGACGGCAAGCGGGCCGACAAGAGCUACGUGGUCCUGGAGGAGCUGCUGACCAAGCAGCUGCUGGCGCUGGACGCCGUGGAUCCGUGCGGCGACGACGGCGCCAAGGUGGCCCGCAAGCAGGCCGUCAAGUUUGCGCAGAACAUUCUCAACUAUUUGGACAUGAAGACGGACGAGUGGGAGUACUGAACGAGCUCCGCCGUGGACUCCGCCUCCCGCCGUGCGCCGCUUUCCUUCUCUACCUGCUGAACACACGCAUUCACAAAAGGCAUCCUGCUUUUUGGUACACGACGUAGACCUUUGUAUGUGCGUGUGUGUGUGCGCGAGUGAAUGCAGACGUGCGUGCGCAAGUGUGUUUGUGUAAAUCUUUGUGUGCGUGUCGUUGAGCGAGUACGUUGAAACUUCUCUGAUGGUCGUCACUAAACACAACGGAGCCUUUUCACAAAAUUUUUCCUCCAUCGAGUAUUGUCAAACUUGGCCGUCGAUUGUCAUUUUUAACGGGGAAAUCUCCCUCGGAAUGUUCUGAACUCCUGCUUCCACGGCGGCGGCGCUAGCAUGGAGGUAGCUCAGCUUCCCCGAGCUGGAACUUCUUUCGAAGGCAGCUCCAGUCAGAGGGCGGACAGCGCCGCCUUGUGGUGGCGCUGUCCGCUCCAUUGGGGCCCAAGUGCCAGCAAGCACUGGGGGGGUUUGGCUGCGUCCAAAUUCACGGGCUCGGCCGCGCGUGGUUUCAUUUCACCUCCGCGGACCGCAUAAAACCGUGGCCAAUUUGGACAAGCCUAAUGUGAAUUUCGGUUGCCGUGGGCGGUCGAGUCGCGCCGGAUGUGACGUCACGUGGCCGCAAAAAAAAAAAGUGGCCUCCGGAGGACCGAGCCUGUGGAGUUGGACAUAGCCGUUGUCAGCUGAGCCACGCCUCCGUCCUGCGACUUCCAAGACAGAGACGGGAAAAGCCAACAAAACAGACACUUGUAGAAUCUCCGUGCCUUCGUGUUCACGCUUUCUCGAGCUGGUUCCAAAAGCCGAUCAGAUGUGCGUUUAGCGUAUGGCCGGCCGGAUGUGCAACCAGACGUGUGUAUCGCGGGAUCAAGAUGUGUGUACCAUCUCAGCGGAUGCGUGCUUGAGCAUUUGACCACGUGAGUGUGCACCUGACACAUGCGACGAGACCUUUGUGUGUACCGCGUGCGUGACGCAAUUCCUUUUCAACUUGCCGACCAUCUCACCAGAUGUGUGUACUAUGCGAACACGCACACACAAAGAGCACAAGCGAGUCGCACCGGCGUGUAUUUUUCGGUGAGUAUUUUUAUUGCACAAAACAAUCGAGCUUUAAGUGUGUUGAGAUGAAAAUCGAAACUGGACGCCAUUCAUCUAUUGAUCUUGUUUCGCCAGAUCAAACAAAUAAAGAGGUCAACGGCGCCUUAUUGCUCUUCUCGAACUCCUUGAUCAUAUUCAUGAUGCUAUUUGUUGACUUGACAUGCGACUGGUGGUUUUUGUGUCGUGGCUGUAAAAUUGAUCAGAGCCGCAAAAAUGUUGCAUCAAUCGUUUGUCACGUGGGUUUCGUCUUUCAACCAAACGUCUUCCACGCAUUGGUCAAAAUUGAGAGCGAAACCUCACAGGCAGGCCCGGUGGUCACGGGAACCGGAAAGCCGCUCUAACCUAAGACCAUUUUGUCAAGUCAAGUACAACUUUAUAGAUGUUAUGUCUUAAUUGUACAAGCAAGUGCUUUUCAUUUCAAAUGAAUGUGCCGCUUUAUAUUUUCUUGACUUUUGUCGAAGCAAACGAUGGGACCGCGCAACUUGUUUUUUUGAUACUUCAAACAUGACGUGUCCAAUAAAGUGAAAGGCUGUUUCGAAGAAAGCUUGUGUUUGGAUCCGCUGCCAAAAUAAAAGUCCAUUUUUGUA